AUGCCCUACACACCACCACAGCGUUCACCGGCUUCCUCGGGGCCUCCGUCCCCAGAUGGGAGCCGCCGCCCAUCCUUCCACCAACCACCAAACAGCAACGCGCGGCCGGCAUUGCCACGCUCCGCGUCGUAUCUCACGAAACACCGUCGCUCGCCAUCAGCGCAGGCCCGGGGGAGCCAGUUGUCGCCCGAGGCAACAUCGGAGGAUCUGAAGAGCCUGGCCGCUGGGAGUAGCCUUCGACAAUCACCUCCCCCCAUUACCGCGGUCCGCGGAAUUCCUAACGCCGCGAUUAUUUCCCCUCCUGAUUCCGCGAGCGACGAUGAUGAACAGCCCGAAGUUCGCGGCCGCCAGAUCGAUAACAUCAAGGAGUUACAUGCGGCCAUCAGCCAAAUACCUCAGCAAAGAAACCGUGUGCCUGCAGGAGCAGCACCCGGUACCGAGGCCUCAGAUGCCGGGGACUUGCUUGUUCUCCCGACCCAAGCUAACGCCAUGACGGAGGCCGUGCAUCACAACUUUAGCACCGGGUCACUUUCUGAGUUGAAGGUUGGAGGCACACGUCGGUACACACAUACCAGAUCGGCCACCGAGCCGCACAUCACCAUCAGCAAAUCCAGUGCCAGCUCUAGCACAGGGUCGGAGGAAGACACCGAUGAAGAGCGGCGACGGAAGCCCCAAAUGGUUCGCAAGAAGUCUGGUGAGCUCGUCAGGCCAGCGCUCCGGCCCGCCUCUCGCAGGCGGCCCUCAAGCAUGCCCGGGACCCCGACGUUCUCUAAGGUGGUCCACUUUGACUCCCAUCUGGAACAUGUAAGGCACUUUCUUCAGGUUGACAGGCCGCUGGCGGUGAGCGCCGGUUCAUCACCGGUGGACAAUUAUGACAGCGACGCCGAGUACCCCUUCUCGACGGAAAGCCGAUCAAGCACGCGCACCUCGUCGUUUGAGUGGGAAAUCAUCAUGAAUAACUUUCCCGUGGACACACCCGUCCGCAAGAUGCAGCCUGUGCGCCUAGAGAGAGUGUGGCUCUCGGCGGAUCAAAAGUCCCUGGUUGGCUCAAUAGCAGUCGCCAACCUGGCUUUCCAGAAGUUCGUUGCCUGUCGGUUUACACUCGACUACUGGAAAACAACAUCGGAAGUCACUGCCGAGUACGUUAACGAGAUCAGAGGUGACGACACGACACAAGCGCAGGACCGGUUUAACUUCACCAUCAAACUCUCGGAUCUGGCGAACUUGGAGGCUAAAACGCUGUACUUUUGCCUCCGGUACACUGUCAAUGGACAAGAGUACUGGGACAACAACAACGGCAUCAACUUCCAAGUAGACUUCCGCAAGAAGCUGGUUCCGCAGCCCGGCAAACCGGGCUCCGCCGGUGCUGCUUCUCGUUCCUCGAACGGGCUUCCCAAGAGCAACCGCCGCUCUAGUCCGAAGGCCAAGCCGAGCCGUGGUCGGUCUGAUGAGUUUGGCGAGAACCAGAAACCGGUUGACAAAGCUAUCCACGAUUACCUCGGCGAGACGAGUGGCACGGGAUUAAGGUUGAAGGGAGUCAAGAGUUCCAGCGACAUCCCGAGUGACAACCUUUCCAAGGGUUUGACUGGUCCCAGCGGUCAGUUUGCUCUGAGGUACGACUUUGGCAACUCUCUCAGCCGAGCCAUUCAGGGCGCCAAGAACGAGAUGUCUGGGAAGUCCGACGGCCUGUACAUGAAGCAGCGCAACAAGAGCGUAGGUUCGCCAACUGCCGCGCCCGUUGUUGCGGAAAAAAAGGUGGAGCCGGCGUCUGCUCCCAAAUCCGAACCCCCGAAAGCCGCCCCAAUUUCCACUUCGCCGACCGAUUCGCCGAGCGCUGCCAUGUCUUCUGCCUCGUACGAGGAAAUUGUCAACAAGUGGUGCUUUUAUGGCACCAAGCCUAAAACGGCCUCCCCGCAAACCCAGUCCAAAGUUCCCAAGUUCGAGAUCGGCGAUGACAGCAGCAGCAGUACCGCAAGCUACGAUGGUAGCCCGGUGCAGCUGAGCAACCCUUAUCAUUCCUACGGCGGCGCCCCUCACCAUUCGGUACAUCCGCUGGGGCCGAGCCCCUACUUUGUUCAUGUUCCCAUCCUGAAGGCCAUGGGAGCGUCCCCCGUCGACUCUCCCUCGGAGAACCCUGCUAGCCCCGUGUCCGGCCAGCCGAAUACCAAGGUUUCGUCGCACGCGGUUCCAGGGAUCUUCGCCCCUUUCGGUACGUCGCCUAACGACUAUCUUUACGAGUGCCCUCAUGAUCGUUUUCCAUUUUAUGGACCGGAGACUUAUGGGCCGGCAGCGAUUAAGAGCUGA